CAUGAUGCAGAUCUGCGACACCUACAACCAGAAGCACUCGCUCUUUAAUGCCAUGAACCGCUUCAUCGGCGCGGUGAACAACAUGGACCAGACGGUGAUGGUUCCCAGCCUGCUGCGCGACGUGCCCCUGGCCGAGCCCGGGCUGGACAACGAUGUCGGCGUGGAGGUGGGCGGCAGCGGCGAAUGCCUGGAGGAGCGCACGCCCCCGGCCCCCGGCCCGGGCAGCGCCAACGGCAGCUUUUUCGCGCCCUCCCGGGACAUGUACAGCCACUACGUGCUGCUCAAGUCCAUCCGCAACGAUAUCGAGUGGGGGGUCCUGCACCAGCCGCCACCGCCGGCAGGGAGUGAAGAGAGCAACGCCUGGAAGUCCAAGGACAUCCUGGUGGACCUGAGCCACCUAGAGGGCGCGGAAGCCGGCGAGGAGGACCUGGAACAGCAGUUCCACUACCACCUGCGCGGGCUGCACACUGUGCUCUCCAAACUCACGCGCAAAGCCAACAUCCUCACCAACAGAUACAAGCAGGAGAUCGGCUUCGGCAAUUGGGGCCACUGAGCCGGGACGCCCCCGCCUGUCCAGCACCCUUACCGGCCCCAUCUCUCACCCUCUUUCCCUCAAAGCUAUUUUCUUUCUGGCUGUAGGGCGCGAAGGGCGAUGGGCGGACUGCAAAGUUAGGCUGGGGCGGGGGGGGGGGGGGGAGGGGUGCUGCGUACUUGCAGGGGGCGCGGCGGGGCCGCCGAGAGGAAGGGGCCUCUGGGAAGUGGGGAAGAGAGUGGUGAUGGGAGGCAGGAUUGGGGGGCUCAAAGACCGCCCCUCCCGCCAGUGGGUGGUGGGGGGGCUUGUGUUCUACGUUAGUGGGGAUGGGACUGGGCUGACGCCCUGCAUUCAGCCUGUGCCUUUCUUGGAGUUUCUUUUCUGUUCUUUCUGGAGGAGAGGAGUGGAGAAGGGGCCAUGCCGGGUGCGGCGCGGGGUUGCCACACUUGGGAGCGCCCGCCCGGAGCCGGGCGCUGGGGAAGGCGGGGCGCGCAGCCUCGUACCGCCCUGCCGUUGGGCUGGUGGAGGCCGCAGCGUUGCUAGGAUUGCAUCAGUUUUCCUGUUUGCACUAUUUCUUUCUGUAACAGUGGCCCUGUCAAAGUAUUUCAAAUCUCCUCCUUAUUCUGAAACUUCGGCGAUUCCAUUGUGAUAAGCGCACAAACAGCACUGUCUGUCGGUAACCGGUACUACGAGAUUAAUGAUUUUCUGUUACACUGUAUAGUUGUCCUGUGGCACCCCUACCCCAUCCAUUCCAUGCCCUCCCCGCCCCCACCCCAGUGUGUGUAAGCUGGCACCGUGCCAGCUUGUACGAAGCUUGCCGCUCAGCCAGUGAAAAUAAUAAUGUUAUUAUGAGAAAGUGGACUUAUCCGAAAUGGAACCAUCUGACAUUCUAUCGUGCUGUACGUAGAAUGAUGAAGCGUUCCACUGUUGUUAUAUGUCUUAAAUUUAUUUAAAACUUUUUUUAAUCCAGAUGUAGACUAUAUUCUAAAAUAAAGAAAGCAAAUGUGUUAACGAAA